CAGCCCUUUAAAAGGAGCAGAGACUGGGGGAUCAGCAGCCCCAGGUAGGAGACAGGGUCCAGGAGAGAAGGUGCAGGUUUCCCAGCCAGUUCAGGCAAGAGCCCAGGUCCUGGGCCGCCUCAGCCCUGAUGUCUGCAGAGGUGGAUGUGCCCGUGUGUGACCCUGAAUUUGGCAGCAACAAGGUGAAGGAGCCAAGCAUGGGGGGCAGGUGGUGUGGUUCCUGGUAUGAGCGGUUUGUGCAGCCGUGUCUUGUUGAACUGCUGGGCUCUGCCCUCUUCAUCUUCAUUGGAUGCCUCUCAGUCAUCGAGAACGGGCAGGACACAGGGCAGCUGCAGCCGGCCCUGGCCCACGGGCUGGCCCUGGGCCUCAUCAUCGCCUCGCUGGGGAGUAUCAGGUGA